UUCAAAUACGUGAAGUGUAUUAGUCACUUGUCGUGUGUUGUAACUGUGAAGUUUAUUGCGAUUUAACUCCAAUAACAUUUGUCAAUACAAAAACAAGCAGAAUGGUAAAGUCUCCAGCAAUUGGUAUUGAUUUGGGCACAACAUAUUCCUGCGUAGGUGUGUGGCAAUAUGGAAAAGUAGAAAUAAUUGCCAAUGAUCAAGGAAAUAGAACAACUCCAAGUUAUGUGGCGUUCACCGAUACUGAACGACUUUUAGGAGAUGCAGCGAAAGGUCAAGUGGCGUUAAACCCCAGUAAUACAGUUUUUGAUGCAAAACGUCUAAUUGGUAGAAAAUAUGACGAUCCAAAAAUUCAACAAGACAUCAAACAUUGGCCGUUUAAAGUCGUAAAUGAUGGAGGAAAACCAAAAAUUGAAGUUGAAUUUAAAGGACAAAGAAAAAUAUUCGCUCCAGAAGAAAUAAGUUCCAUGGUCCUCACAAAAAUGAAGGAAAUUGCAGAAGCUUAUUUAGGAACCACAGUUAGAGAUGCUGUUAUCACAGUGCCAGCGUAUUUCAACGAUUCGCAAAGACAAGCUACAAAAGAUGCAGGUGCAAUAGCUGGUUUAAAUGUUUUACGAAUUAUCAACGAACCAACUGCAGCAGCAUUGGCAUAUGGCUUGGAUAAGAAUUUAAAAGGUGAAAAGAAUGUCCUUAUAUUUGACUUGGGUGGAGGUACUUUUGAUGUAUCCAUUCUAACAAUAGAUGAAGGUUCCUUAUUUGAAGUAAAGGCAACAGCCGGUGAUACCCAUCUUGGAGGAGAAGACUUUGAUAACAGGUUAGUGAAUCACUUUGCUGAUGAAUUUAAAAGGAAAUUUAAAAAAGAUCUAAAAAGCAAUCCAAGAGCACUUCGAAGGCUAAGAACUGCUGCCGAAAGAGCUAAACGCACAUUAUCUUCUAGUUCUGAAGCCACAUUAGAAAUUGAUGCACUUUUCGAAGGUAUUGAUUUCUAUACUAAAAUUAGCCGAGCAAGAUUUGAGGAAUUAUGUUCAGAUUUGUUCAGAAGUACUCUUCAACCUGUGGAAAAGGCAUUAACAGAUGCAAAAAUAGAUAAAGGACACAUUGACGAUAUAGUUCUUGUAGGAGGUUCAACGAGGAUUCCAAAAGUUCAACACCUACUCCAAAAUUACUUCAGUGGAAAACAUUUAAAUCUUUCAAUCAAUCCAGAUGAAGCAGUGGCAUAUGGCGCUGCGGUCCAAGCAGCAGUUUUGAGCGGAGAAACGGAUUCCAAAAUCCAAGAUGUCUUAUUGGUUGAUGUAGCUCCACUCUCCCUUGGUAUUGAAACAGCUGGCGGCGUAAUGACAAAAAUUAUAGAAAGAAAUGCAAGAAUACCAUGUAAACAAACUAAAGAUUUCACUACAUAUUCUGAUAAUCAACCUGCUGUUACUAUUCAAGUAUUCGAAGGUGAAAGGGCCAUGACAAAAGACAACAACCUUCUAGGAACUUUCGAUUUAACUGGUAUUCCUCCUGCACCACGUGGAGUUCCAAAAAUUGAAGUUACUUUUGAUCUAGAUGCAAACGGUAUAUUGAAUGUUUCUGCUAAAGAUACAAGUUCUGGAAACUCCCGUAAUAUCACUAUCAAGAAUGAUAAAGGACGUCUCUCACAAGCAGAAAUCGACAGAAUGGUAUCAGAAGCAGAAAAAUACAAAGAACAAGAUGAACACCAAAGACAACAAGUUGCCGCUAAGAAUCAACUGGAAAGUUAUAUUUUCCAAUUAAAACAAGCUGUUAGAGACAACGGAAGUAAACUGUCUUCUGCAGAUAAAUCUACUGUUGAAAACGAAUGUGAUAGUUGUUUGAAAUGGUUAGACAACAAUACGUUAGCUGAGAAAGAAGAAUUCGAAGAGAAACAAAAGGAACUGAGUAGAAUUUGCAGUCCAAUCAUGGCGAAGAUACACCAAGGAUCCCAGGGAGGAGGAAUGCCCGGUGAUUAUAGGGGAGCAUCAAAGGAAAGUGGACCAACCAUUGAAGAAGUCGAUUAAUUUUUUUUCUCAUUAUUUUUAGACAUUCCAAAAAUUGUUCAAUUGACUUUUUGUAUGCACACUGUAUGCAAGUAUUUUUCAGUUAGUUUUUUAUAUAUACACUGUAUCCAAAGUAUUUAUUUUUCAGUUGAGUUUUUAUAUGUAUAUAAAUAUUUUUCAUUUGUUUUUUUGUAUGUACACUGUAUUUAAUAUUUUUUUGUUUUAUUUUUAUAUGGUAUAUUGUUGAAAUUCAUUUAAAUAAAUAAAUCCAAC